AUGUACCCCGUUGGCCAACCUCCAACGGGGGAGACGAGUGCUGGUGCAGUAGGCGUGACUGGUGCUGUGACAGCGCCAGCAAGUGCUACAACGGCAACUCCUGGUGCUCCGACUAGCUCUCCCGCUACUGGAGCUCCGCCUGCAGUCGCAGGUGGUGCAGGUCCUAUGGCACUCGUACCUCCAGCCGCAGCACCUCCUCCUGAUUUGCCAGUUUUAACAUGUCCCCGCCGCCCCAACCUCGGUCAUGAAGGCAGACCGAUAAUGCUUAGAGCAAAUCAUUUUCAAAUAUCAAUGCCUAGAGGCUUUGUGCACCAUUAUGAUGUCAAUAUACAGCCUGAUAAGUGUCCUAGAAAGGUUAAUAGAGAAAUUGUUGAAACUAUGGUUCAUUGUUACAAUAAAAUAUUUGGUACACUGAAACCAGUAUUUGAUGGCAGAAAUAAUUUAUAUACAAGGGACCCACUACCGAUUGGCAAUGACAGGGUAGAGUUAGAAGUUAUAUUACCAGGUGAAGGAAAAGACAGAGUUUUCCGUGUCACCAUUAAGUGGGUUGCUCAGGUGUCACUAUUUGCCUUGGAAGAAGCUUUAGAAGGUCGUACAAGACAAAUUCCAUAUGAUGCUAUAUUAGCAUUAGAUGUAGUUAUGAGACAUUUACCAUCAAUGAUGUAUACACCUGUUGGGCGAUCAUUCUUUUCCUCUCCGGAAGGAUAUUACCAUCCACUGGGUGGGGGCAGGGAGGUGUGGUUUGGUUUCCAUCAGUCUGUGCGGCCAAGUCAAUGGAAAAUGAUGCUUAAUAUUGAUGUGUCUGCAACUGCUUUUUAUAAAGCUCAACCUGUAAUAGAAUUCAUGUGUGAAGUAUUAGAUAUAAGAGACAUAAAUGACCAAAGAAAGCCCCUGACAGAUUCACAGCGUGUUAAGUUUACUAAAGAAAUCAAAGGACUCAAGAUUGAAAUCACACACUGUGGAACAAUGAAGCGUAAAUAUAGAGUGUGCAAUGUUACACGCAGACCUGCUCAAAUGCAGUCCUUUCCACUACAAUUAGAUAAUGGACAGACUGUAGAGUGUACAGUAGCCAAAUAUUUCUUGGAUAAGUAUAAGAUGAAACUCAGAUAUCCUCACUUGCCCUGUCUUCAAGUGGGUCAAGAGCACAAGCACACAUAUUUGCCUUUAGAAGUCUGUAAUAUUGUGCCUGGACAGAGAUGUAUUAAAAAAUUAACAGACAUGCAAACUUCCACUAUGAUUAAAGCAACUGCCCGAUCUGCCCCUGACAGGGAGCGUGAAAUCAACAACUUGGUACGUCGGGCAAACUUCAAUACGGAUCUCUAUGUUAAAGAGUUUGGAUUAACAAUAUCCAACAAUAUGAUGGAGGUGCGUGGACGUGUACUUCCACCACCAAAACUUCAGUAUGGUGGACGUGUUUCUUCCCUUGGCGGACAACAAGCUUUGCCAAACCAAGGAGUUUGGGACAUGCGGGGAAAACAGUUCUUUAUGGGAGUUGAGAUUCGAGUCUGGGCCAUUGCGUGUUUUGCUCCUCAAAGAACUGUUAGAGAAGAUGCUCUCAAGAACUUUACACAGCAACUGCAGAAGAUUUCAAAUGAUGCUGGUAUGCCCAUAAUUGGGCAACCUUGCUUCUGCAAGUACGCUACGGGACCGGACCAGGUGGAACCUAUGUUUAAGUAUCUGAAAUCCACAUUUGUGCAGCUGCAGCUGGUUGUUGUGGUGUUGCCGGGGAAAACUCCUGUUUAUGCUGAAGUGAAACGCGUUGGUGACACCGUUCUCGGGAUGGCGACGCAAUGUGUGCAAGCCAAGAAUGUAAACAAAACUUCGCCACAAACACUCAGCAACUUGUGCUUAAAAAUCAACGUAAAACUUGGAGGAAUAAACUCGAUUUUAGUUCCAUCGCUGCGUCCAAAGCAAGUCCUGUCUGAGCACCACCAAGACACGCGCCUUAUUUUAGAACAAAACAGUACACAUUUCAUGGACCGUUUAAAUGUGUUCAAUGAGCCGGUGAUUUUCCUGGGUGUGGACGUGACGCACCCGCCCGCGGGCGACAACAAGAAGCCGUCGAUCGCGGCCGUGGUGGGCUCCAUGGACGCGCACCCUUCGCGCUACGCCGCCACCGUACGCGUGCAGCAGCAUAGACAGGAGAUAGUCCAUGAGAUGAGCAGCAUGGUGCAGGAAUUGCUCAUCAUGUUCUACAAGAGCACGGGUGGGUUCAAGCCGCACCGCAUCAUUAUGUACCGCGACGGUAUCUCCGAAGGACAGUUCAUACACGUGCUGCAACACGAGCUUACCGCGGUACGAGAGGCCUGCAUUAAGUUGGAAGCAGAGUACAAGCCGGGUAUAACGUUCAUCGUGGUUCAGAAGCGUCACCAUACGCGCCUGUUUUGCGCGGAUAAGAAAGAGCAGUCAGGGAAGUCAGGCAAUAUCCCAGCCGGCACUACUGUAGACCUCGGCAUCACGCACCCCACAGAGUUUGACUUCUAUCUUUGCAGCCACCAGGGUAUACAGGGUACGUCGCGGCCGUCGCACUACCACGUGCUGUGGGACGACAACCACUUCGGGUCGGACGAGCUGCAGUGCCUGACGUACCAGCUGUGCCACACGUACGUGCGCUGCACGCGCUCGGUGUCCAUCCCCGCGCCGGCGUACUACGCGCACCUGGUGGCGUUCCGCGCGCGCUACCACCUGGUGGAGAAGGAGCACGACUCGGGCGAGGGCAGCCACCAGUCCGCCUGCAGCGAGGACCGCACGCCCGGCGCAAUGGCGCGCGCCAUCACCGUGCACGCCGUCACCAAGAAGGUCAUGUACUUCGCCUAG